AUGCAUUUCGAAGAAUACAUUAACAAAAUAAUAGAACUAGACUCCAAGCAGAAACUUGAGAACCUUAAUGAUCCAAUAGUAGUGGAAGCCAUCAAAGACAGAUCUAAAAAUACAAAAAGAAAAAUGAUUGCCCUAGAGCACUGUCUUGAAGCAGAAAAAAAAGAAACAACAAAAAAAAAACAUCAACAAUUUUCUCCUUGCAAAAUGCAAACUAACCAGAAACUUCAAUUGGCUGCAAAUAAACCUAUUUCACAAAGUCAUAUAACAUAUUUCCAGACUGUUGAGACUGUUGAGACUGUUGAGACUGUUCAGGCUGUUCAGGCAGUCCCGCCAAUAUGA